AUGACCGCAUUUGGCAGAGUAUCUGCGUUAGAAUCGAACAUGUUCCGAACUGCGAUCCUGGAAUCCAUGCAACAUCGUGAAAAAGCCCUGUUCGGUAAUUACGCUUUUCAGACAGCGGUGUUCAUGGAUCCCCGGUUUUCAUUUCAUGGUUCGAAUUUAUUCUCAUCGUCGCAGAAAGAACGCAUAGUAUUAUGUGAUUAUUUGCUAGCAGUGUACAAUAAGCUUACCAACAAAUCACAAACAUCGCAUCAAGAUCCAUCACCUCUACCAGCAAAUGAGGGUGUGCCAUCUACAUCACAGGGCAAGUUUAGCCUCAAUUGUUACUUGUCUUCGAGGCUCGGCGAAAGCUCUGCAACGAUUCCAAAAAGCAACACCUUAGAAAUUAGGCUAAGGAAUCUCCAGUACCAACAACGGGUAGAUGCUGAUAUUCAAGAUUUCAGUAUCGUGCAUUACUGGGCUCAAAAACGCUUUGAAGAUUCAGAGAUGUGGAAACUGGCCAGGGUUGUAUUCGGUGCAGCAGCGACGCAAUGUACUGUAGAACGUGAUUUCAGCCAAUUCAACAUUGUACUGACAAAACCAAGAAACCGUCUUAAGGAUCAAAAUCUCGAGAACGUCCUUAAGAUUAGAGCCAACAAAGGUAUGAUUCAGGAAGCUCUCUGUGCAGCUUUGCAAGAAUGA